AUAAUUUGCGACAUAAUAACCGAGACUUCUGCGCCAUUUCCUGUCCAUGCCUGAGAAGUAAAUUUACAGAGCAACGCCGGUGAUAAAAUAACGUUAAUACUAAAAUACCUGAACUCAAGUAAUUAUGCGGAUGAACAUAACUUCUGCAGCUGGGGUUCUCUCCCUCUUGGAUGAACCUGAAGAUCAAUUAAAGGUUUUUGCUUUGGAUAAACUCAACAAAAUAGUGGAUGUGUUUUGGGCUGAAAUAUCAGAAUCUAUUGAUAAAAUUGAAGUACUCUAUGAAGAUACAAGUUUUAAACAGAAAGAACUAGCGGCUUUGGUAGCCUCCAAGGUCUAUUAUCAUUUGGGAGCAUUUGAAGAAUCUUUGACCUUUGCCCUUGGUGCUGGAGAUCUGUUCAAUGUGAAUUGUAAAUCAGAAUUUGUAGAGACAACCAUUGCAAAGUGUAUUGAUUUCUAUACAAAACUGCGAGUUCAAAAUGCUGAAAGUUCAGAAGAGGAUCAAAAGCCAAUUGAUGCAAGACUUGAAGCCAUUGUUAAUCGAAUGUUUCAGAGAUGUUUUGAUGACAGAAUGUACAAACAGGCUAUUGGUAUUGCCUUGGAAACCAGAAGAAUUGAUAUCUUUGAAAAAGCGAUUAAAAGUGCUGAUGACAUGCAAGCAAUGUUAACCUAUGGUUUUAAAGUAUGUAUGGCUCUCAUACAGAACCGACAGUUCAGAAACACCAUAUUAAAACUAUUAACACGGUUAUACAUGAGCCUUACUACUCCAGAUUACAUCAAUGUUUGUCAGUGCUACAUAUUCUUAGAUGAUUCACAGUCUGUUGCAGAUAUUUUAGAAAAAUUGAUUAAAGGCGAAGAAGAUUCUGCGUUAAUGGCUUUCCAAAUUGGUUUUGACUUAUAUGAGAGUGCUCUUCAACAAUUCAGACAGAGAAUUCAAGCUGCUCUUAGAGCUACAGCACCCAUACCAAUACCUGUUCCGGGUACCAAAAAACUUGAAGAAGCCAGUGGUAGUAGUGAGAAAUCAAAAGAAGAAAAAGAAAGCAGUUCUAUGGAUACAAGUGAAGAUACAGCAGAAACUGUCACAUCAGCAUCAGAAACUCCAGCUAUAAAAGAAGAAAAUUUAAGUGAAAGUGAUAAAAUAUUACAAGACAGACUGACAAAACUUCACACAAUUCUUGGCGGUGAAACAACUAUUUAUUUACAUUUACAAUUUCUGGUAAAGAAUAAUCAUACUGAUUCACUUAUACUGAAGAAUACAAAGGAUGCUGUAAGAAAUUCUAUCUGUCAUUCUGCAACAGUUAUUGCUAAUUCAUUUAUGAAUUGUGGAACCACAUCAGAUCAAUUUUUGAGAGAUAAUUUAGAAUGGUUAUCGAGGGCAACCAAUUGGGCCAAAUUUACAGCUACAGCAAGUUUAGGUGUCAUACACAAGGGUCAUGAGAAAGAAGCAUUGAAUUUAAUGGCGUCAUAUUUACCUAAAGAUAGUUCACCAGGUUCUGCAUAUUCUGAAGGUGGUGGAUUAUAUGCUUUAGGUUUAAUACAUUCUAAUCAUGGUGGUGAAAUAACAGAUUAUUUACUUGGUCAACUUAAAGACGCACAGACAGAUAUGGUAAGACAUGGUGGUUGUUUAGGUGUUGGUCUUGCUGCCAUGGGAACAGCUAGGCAAGAUAUUUAUGAACAGUUAAAGUAUAAUUUAUAUCAAGAUGAUGCUGUUACUGGUGAAGCAGCAGGAUUAGCAAUGGGAUUAGUUAUGUUAGGUACUAAAUCGGCUACAGCUAUUGAAGAUAUGGUAGCGUAUGCCCAAGAUACACAGCAUGAGAAGAUUUUACGAGGGCUGGCUGUUGGGAUAGCAUUGACUAUGUUUGGUCGUCUUGAAGAAGCUGAUCCUCUGAUAGAAAGUUUAACUCGUGAUAAAGAUCCAAUAUUACGAUGGUCAGGAAUGUAUACUGUAGCUAUGGCUUAUUGUGGUUCCGGUAAUAAUCAAGCUAUCAGAAGAUUGUUACAUGUUGCUGUGAGUGAUGUUAAUGAUGAUGUAAGAAGAGUUGCUGUAACAGCAUUAGGAUUUCUUCUAUUUCGAACACCAGAACAAUGUCCAAGUGUUGUAUCAUUAUUAUCAGAAAGUUACAAUCCACAUGUACGGUUUGGAGCAGCCAUGGCUUUAGGAAUAGCAUGUGCUGGAACUGGACUGAAGGAAGCAUUAACACUCCUUGAACCAAUGACAAAUGACCCUGUCAAUUAUGUAAGACAAGGUGCCCUUGUUGCUUCAGCAUUAGUCCUUGUUCAGCAGAAUGAAAUUACUUGUCCAAAGGUUGCCCACUUCCGCCAGUUGUAUACUAAAAUCAUCAGUGAUAAACAUGAUGACAUCAUGGCUAAAUUUGGUUCUGUAUUAGCUCAAGGAAUAAUUGAUGCUGGUGGCCGUAAUAUGACAAUCAACUUACAAUCUCGUACAGGUCAUACCAAUAUGGAGGCUGUAGUAGGAAUGUUGGUCUUCUGUCAGUUUUGGUUCUGGUACCCUCUAACUCACUUCCUCUCUUUAGCUUUUACACCUACAACUCUCAUUGGUCUUAAUGCAGAUUUAAAGAUGCCUAAACUUGAAUUCAGGUCUAAUGCUAAACCAUCAACAUUUGCCUACAUCCCACCACUAGAAGAGAAAAAAGACAAGGCUAAGGAGAAGGUAGAAACAGCCGUUCUGAGUAUUACAGCUAAACAGAAGAAAAAAGAUGCUGAGAAAAAGAAAGAAGAAAAGGAAGAAAAAAUGGAUGUUGAUGAAGAAAAGAAACCAGAAGAAGUUAAGAAAGAGGACAGUAAAAAGAAGGACAGUGAUGUUAAGAAAGAAGAUGGAAAGAAGAAAGAUGGUGAUGGAAAGAAGGAUGGUGAGAAAGAUGUAGAAAAAGAAGUAGAAAAGAAAAAAGAACCUGAACCAAGUUUUGAGAUGUUGUCAAAUCCAGCUAGAACAAUGAAAGCUCAGUUAAAAGUUUUGUCAAUGGCAGAUGAAUCACGCUACAGACCUGUUAAAGAGGUUGUUAAUGGUGGUAUUAUAAUGUUAAAGAACAGUAAACCCGAAGAAGAGGAAGAGAUUGUUGAAACUGUCAUUGCUGGUGGUCCCAAAAUAGAAGAAGAAGAAGAACCUGAACCACCAGAGCCAUUUGAAUAUACUGAAGAUUAAACAUAGAUACCUAUUUUAACCCUGAAGUACAUGAAUAGUUCAGUACUUUGUCAAUGUCAAUUUUAUUUGAUGAUAGCUUACUAGAAAACACAGCACACACAAAAAUAUUAUGAUUUGUUAUUGUUUGUUCGUGAUAUCAGCGUAAUGUAACAAAGGACAAAGGAUUGAAUAAUGAAUUUAUGUUCGUAUUUUUAAAAACCCAUUUAAAUAUCAUUUGUAAAGGUUCAACUCUUUUGUGUAAAAUCUUUGAAUUGUAUAUGACACAAUCUGUUUAAUUGAUGUAUUGACUGACAUUUAGCUUGAAAAACAACUUCCAAUAAACAUUUUACCACCAA